AUGGUUAUUUAUAAAGCAUCGCAAGCUGUCAUACUGGUCUUCUUCCCAGCGCCUCUCCAGCGAAUAUCACUCCCUUCGCAUGACAAUGGUUUAAUUGGAAGAUCUCUGCACACUAAUAUGGAAUACUUGCUCAAAAAACAGUUUGUGUUUUUAAUAACUUGCGUCAUUGUUGCCGUCUGUGUGAUCUUCUUCUCUAAAACGUCCGAUGAUUCAACAGAAUACGGCCUCUAUAACAACGCGUCGGUCCGGCGUCGCUUAGCUGAGCUGGAGUGGCGAAUAGAAAACUUUCGCGGCAGAAAGAUGAUUAACUCCGUGGAACCGUGUCCAAAUGAUCAACUAGGGAAGCGUAUUUUGAUAGUGGCAAAAGCCAGAAGUGGAUCAACAUUUCUUGGAGAACUUUUCAAUCGAAACCCGUCGGUGUUUUAUUCAUUCGAGCCGUUGCGAGUGAUCCCAGACAUGGUGCGCUACGAAGCGAUAUCUGAUAACUAUCGGACGUCCAUGUCGGUGGAAAUAUUACACAACCUUGUCAACUGCGACUUUAUGACGUACUAUGCGUAUCAUAUCCAUGGAUGGCGCCUGUCUAUUUUUGAAAGCAUGGCAUUGAAAAAAGCGUGCCAAGCUAGGAAUGACAAAUGUAGCGAAAUCCUACCGUCGGAUAUGAAUUCUAUCUGCGCAUCCUACGACCAUAUGGUAGUCAAAUCGAUACGAGUAGAAGAUGUGUCCACACUUCAAAAUAUUGUGGACCGGGCCUGUUCAAAUUUGGAGAUCGUAUUUUUGGUACGGGACCCCAGAGCAGUGGCGACAUCAAGAAAACAUUUUAAAUUCCCGACGAGAAGCAAAAGCAGUUUGACAGAUCUUAAUCUCGUCGGUGCUAAGGAUAUGGACUUAGCCGAUCUUCAUCCAGCUAAUGUUAACUCCUACUGCGCAUGGCUGAGGACAAAUAUCCGCGCAGUGCAAGAUAAUCUGGAAUGGAUGAGAAACAGGGUACACCUGCUGAGAUAUGAAGACAUCGCAAAAAAUGUCACCCGCAAAGCUAUCGACCUGUAUGAUUUUUUCAGUAUGGAAAUGAGUGAAGACGUCAUGAGGUGGAUAGAAAGUAAUACUCAUGCACAAGCACCGACUCACGCCCAGGGUACUAUGAAUACUAAAAGAAACUCAGCAAGCACUGCGCAAGCUUGGCGACACGAACUGGGUUUUCGCGAGGUUGAUAUGGUGCAGAAUGUUUGCGGUGACGUCAUGGAAACCCUUGGUUACAUCGAAGCAAAAACCGAAGAGGAACUGAAAGACAUUUCUGUACCUCUAGAAACAACUCCACUGUUGGAACUCGUCUCAUUGUGA